AUGGCUGGGUGUCGGGAUGAUGCACAAGUGCAGAAGAUGACGCGGGCACGAGCAAAGGCGAUGCUCAUGGAGCUGGUUGGCGAGUACUCUACCAAGAGCUUCCAGAACAAGCUGGGCGACAUAUUGCAGAAGGAAGCCCAGCAAGGUGAAGUUUGCGACGAGUCGCCAUGCCGCUGGGCAUUGGCGGAGGAGUGCCAUGCCGACAUCUUUGCUCGAUACGGCUUUAAGUCCGGGACUGGUGUGGAGCGCCUCCGGCCCAUCGUACUGAUCUUCCAGAAAUUUCCAGACCUCGAAGACAAGGUGCAGAAGCUGUGGAAGCUGUUGGGCUUGAAGUCCUCGCCCUCGGAGUCAUUCAUUGAUGACAAGCCUCAAGAGGUUUCGCAGGAGCUGCCCGUACCGCCGACCGAGAAGAGAAUUCUGUCGAAGGCAAGGGCUCUGGCCUUUCAGGCAGAGCUCCUUGGAGCAUUCUCUGCCCCUGCUUUCCAGAAAAAGUUGGCCGAGAUGUCCAGAAAGCAUUUCACACACCUACACGAUGCUGACAGCAGGGCAGAGCUGGACUUAAUCUUGGAGAAGACCAAACUCGAGAUCUUGCCUGCGUACGGCUACGAGGCAUCUUCCAAAGGCCUGCAGGACAUGGACAUUGACAUGCAACAGUUUGACAACGAUGCAGACAUCUUUGUCAAUGCCGUAGCUAUCGAGGAGGCACUCUUCCCCUAUUGCCAGACGGGGCGUGCGCUGACGACAGACAAG